CAACAACAACAACAACAACUCGGUAGCCAACAUAGCUGAAACAUUGGAGGUCUUUAGACGCUUUCAGUGAUUUUUAGCACUGUGUUUUAAACACACUUCAGUCGUAUCCACUAGUUACCCCAUUUAAUAGCAUAUUUACGUUUUUGUUGUAAUUCGUCAGCUAGCUGGCUGGUUUAAGUUAGCAAUAGCCCAGCUAGCGAACAUCCCCGACCAUGAGCUCACUAAGCUACUCUCCUCCUGCUAAAGAAGAGGAGGUCUGCUGGACGGAGAAAGAAGCUCUAGUGAAAGAGGAGGAGGAAGAGGAGGGUGUCACAGUAAAACAAGAAGUAGAGGUUGAGGCUGUUACAGUGAAAGAAGAAGAGAAAGACGUUACAGUGAAAGAAGAAGAGAAAGAUUUUAUGGUGAAAGAAGAGGAAGAAGCUUUCAGAGUGAAAGAGGAGGAGGAUGUUGGUGUGAAAGAAGACGAGGAUGAGCAGGAUACAGUUUUUGUAGUGAAGGAGGAAGAAGAGGAGGACAUUUUUGGACUGAAUGAGAAGGGGGAGAUUACUGUCACAUUAGAGGAAGAAGAGGAGACUGGAGAUCCGAUUAACACCAGAGAGAUACCAGACUCUCACUUUGACAGCGGGAAGAGUCCUUCAUUGGAACCAGACCCAGAGACGCCCAAACCAGCAAGACCACACCACUGCUCCCAGUGUGGAAAGAGAUUUACCCAUUUAGGGUAUCUGAAAUCACAUGAGAGGAGGCACACAGGAGAAAAGCCUUACCAUUGCUCCCAGUGUGGAAAGAGAUUCUCUAUGUCAAGUAACCUGAAAAAACAUGAGAGAAUACACUCAGUAGAGAAGCCUUUCCACUGUUCCCAGUGUGAAAAGAGUUUUACACAGUUAGGGCAACUGGAAAAACAUAAAAGAAUACACACUGGAGAGAAGCCCUACCUCUGCUCCCACUGUGGAAAGAGUUUUACCCAAUCAGGUACCCUGAAAUCACAUGAGAGAACACACUCUGUAGAGAAGCCUUUCCAAUGCGCUCAGUGUGGAAAGGCUUUUGCCCAAUCAGGUACUCUGAAGUCACAUGAGAGAACACACUCUGUAGAGAAGCCUUUCCAAUGCACUCGGUGUGGAAAGGGUUUUACCCAGAUAGGGAGCCUGAAAAAGCAUGAUAGAACACACACAGGGGAGAAGCCUUUCCAAUGCUCUCAGUGUGGAAAGGGUUUUACCCAGAUAGGGAGCCUGAAAGGUCAUGAAAGAACACAACACAUACAGGAGAGAAGCCUUAUCACUGCCCCCAGUGUGAAAAUUGUUUGUAUUUAUCCGGUUAGGGCACCUGAAAGAACAUAAUAGAACACACACAGGGGAGAAGCCUGUCCACUGCUCCCAGUGUGGGAACGGUUUUACCCAGAGAGGUUAGCUGAAAGAACACAUACAGGGGAGUGGUGACAGGGAAGUGAAGCGUUUAGGUUUUCCAGCCAAUUGUGUCAAAAAUAGGUUCAUUACUCGAGGCUUUGAUCAACACAGUGUACACUAGUGGCACCUGCUGGUCAAAAUAAUUUAGAGCAGGCAAAUUAUUAUAGAGGAUGUCCCAUGCCCCCGUAGCGUGUGCGCAGCAUUUUUUGCCUUCUACCAAACCAAUACCAAACCAAAUCAGGUGGAAACUAAGCUUCAGACGUCAUUGAUCACAUGCUUCUACUAAGCUUCAGACGUCAUUGAUCACAUGCUUCUAAUAAAGCGAUACAUCAGCACACUUCUUCAAAGUAACCUGCUUAGUGAUUUAGACGCAUGCCUCGGGGGGGCUCCGGCAUCAAAACUAACAUCACUACAGGGGAGAAGCCCCGUCACUGCUCCCAGGUUGGAAAGGGUUUUAGAUACUCAGGAUGAAAGAAAAAUGCUACCAGUGUGAAAAUAUUUAUUUUUCACCAGGGUUCCUGAAAUCACAUGAGAGAACACACUAUGUAGGGAAGCUUUACAACUGCCCUUCAGUGUGGAAAGGUAUUUUUACCCAGCUAGGGCAUCGUACAGACCAUUGAGAUAACGCACACAGGGGAGAAGCCUUACCCAUGCUCCCAGUGUGGGAAGAGAUAUUUAAUGUCACAGACUUAAAGAACAAACACAGUAGUACCACAAUUGUCUCAUAUUUUUGACUGUUUUUUGUUUAUGUUAAAUGAAAUCAAAAGGAGUAUGAAGCAGACGUUUUAUUUCAGAACGAGCUGAAUAUGGAGUCAGUUUCAAUGUUUCAACACACUGUUAUUAAAUGGUCAUUUUCUAACUCUG